GUGUCAGCUUGGUAUAGAUUUCGGAAUGGAACUAAAGUUUUAGUAUUCUGCGGGUUUAUCUGACGUGCUGGUCAAUUUAUAACUUACUUGUCCUGAGAAAAAAAGCCUUUUCUUCUCCAUUCACUCACAUUAAUCGAUUGAAUUUGUCUUCUAAGAAGACUUUUCUUGAUACUGUUAUUUUUGAAGCGUCGCGUCAUGUCUGAUAAAAUGCAGGUCCGAAAAUCUUCAGAGAAUUUGAUGCCGGAUUUGGUGAAGAGUUUGGAGCAUUUAGGAUCGAGCGAAUAUUGGAGAUACUAUGAUUACGAUGCCUCGGACUCAGAGUCCGACACUAGAUCCUCCUACUCCAUUGCCAGCCUUACCUUUCAGAGAGAUCGGCGAGGAAAAGUAUUUCCAGACAUCGUGGACAAACACCAAAACGGCAAAAAAGACUCAAACUAUAAACUGACUGAAAAAACAAUCGCUCUUCCGGACAUUUCAUCCUGUGUUGUUAUGACAUCUCGGAGAAGGAUGAAGAAGACAAAGAAGAAACCAAGAAUAAAGUCCGGAAGAUACUUCCCAGAAAUUUCUAACGAAGCAGUUCAGAGAGAGAAAGAAGCUCUAGAUUUUCCUCGGUCUAUGUCAUCAGCGGAAGAAUAUUCACCCAGAAUUCAGCGAAAGAAGAAAACAUCCACUUUUUCGUCAAAGCACAGGCAGAAGAGCUGCAAGGAUGAUCAGAUAAAGCUGCCCAACAUAUGAUUGAUAAGCUCAAAUAGGAUCUAGGAGGAUUGAUAUGUGAAUUUCGAAAUGAAAUUCUGGAAUCUAUUGAAGUUUGUCAUUAUCUUAUCAAAGGAAUGGAAAGAAUGGAAGACCGAGACGAAAAGGAUUAUCUUUGGCUGCAGCUCAACAACAAAAGCAAAA